AUGUUGUCACCACUAUUAAGAUCGCAGACGACUACCUUUUUGCCAUGGAAAAUAGGGUUGAGAAAUAUUCGAAAUUUCACAAUAUUCACCCCACUUCACAAUGAUAAAGGAACACUCAACAAAGUCUCGGCAACAAUUACUCAGCCAAAAUCCCAAGGGGCUUCUCAGGCUAUGCUUCUUGCAACUGGCUUGACAAAAACCUGUCUUAGUAAGGCUCAGGUGGGAAUAGCCUCUGUGUGGUACUCUGGAAAUCCAUGUAACAUGCAUCUUCUUAAACUCAAUGACCGGGUAAAGAUGGGGGUUCAAGCGGUUGGACUGGCAGGUUUCCAAUUUAAUACUAUCGGUGUCUCGGACGGAAUAUCCAUGGGUACGAAAGGCAUGCGGUAUAGUCUUCAGUCACGCGAUUUAAUUGCCGACAGUAUCGAGACAGUUAUGGGUGGUCAAUGGUAUGAUGCGAACAUCUCUAUUCCUGGAUGUGAUAAGAAUAUGCCUGGAGUUAUUAUGGCUAUGGGUCGUGUCAAUCGCCCUUCAUUAAUGAUUUAUGGAGGCUCAAUUAAGCCGGGAUGUUCUGUGACGCAAGGCAAUCUUGACAUUGAUAUCGUAUCUGCCUUUCAGGCUUAUGGUCAAUACAUCACCGGCGAGAUUACAGAGGAAAUACGUUCAGAUAUCAUUGAUCACGCCUGUCCGGGAGAAGGUGCAUGUGGUGGAAUGUACACGGCGAAUACGAUGGCAACAGCCCUAGAGGUAAUGGGAAUGACACUCCCAGGCUCAUCUUCUCACCCAGCAGCAUCUAAGGCCAAAUAUCUCGAGUGUCUCGCCGCUGGUGGUGCUAUAAAGCACCUUCUUAAGGAAGAUAUAAGACCAAGUGAUAUAAUGACUCGAAAAGCCUUUGAAAAUGCUAUGAUCUUGGUAAAUAUCACGGGUGGCUCUACUAACGCAGUCUUACAUCUCAUAGCUAUUGCUGACUCAGUCGGUAUAAAGCUGACGAUUGAUGAUUUUCAAGCGGUAUCCAAUCGUACUCCCUUCCUUGCUGAUUUAAAACCUUCUGGAAAAUAUGUAAUGAACGAUCUCUCCAAAAUUGGCGGUACACCAUCACUCCUGAAAUUUCUCCUAAAGGAAGGUCUUAUAGAAGGAUCGGGAAUGACAGUGACUGGGAAGAGCCUCGCACAAAAUCUCGAAGAAUGGCCCAAAUUCCCUCUAGACCAAGUCAUUAUCCGUCCAUUGUCAAAUCCAAUGAAAGAAACCGGCCACAUUCAGAUAUUACGGGGCUCCUUAGCCCCUGGUGGAUCUGUGGGAAAGAUUACGGGUAAGGAGGGCUUACGAUUUGUAGGCAAGGCCAAGUGCUACGAUGCCGAAGAUGAUUUUAUCGUUGCUCUCGAGAGGGGCGAGCUUAAGAAGGGCGAGAAGACUGUCGUUGUAAUUCGCUACGAGGGCCCCAAGGGUGGACCUGGAAUGCCAGAAAUGUUGAAGCCUUCUUCGGCCAUCAUGGGUGCAGGCCUGGGUCAAGAUGUGGCCCUUAUCACUGACGGUCGAUUCUCCGGUGGCUCUCAUGGAUUUCUAAUCGGACAUAUUGUUCCCGAAGCUCAAGAAGGUGGACCAAUCGGUCUCGUCCGUGAUGGUGAUACCAUUAUAAUUGAUGCAGAGACGCGAAAGUUGGAUCUCGAGGUGAAAGGUGGAGUAGCGGAGCUUGAGAAGCGGCAGAGAGAGUUUGUCCCGAAGCCGCGCAAGUAUACCAAAGGUACAUUGGCAAAGUACGCUAAACUCGUAAGCAAUGCUAGUAAUGGAUGCAUCACAGACGGCGAAUAG